AUGCGUUUCCGAAGCUUUCGCUUGGGUGUUUCUAAUUGCAAUUCGAGGCUCAAAGAGUUAUCAUCUAAUGGAAAAUGGCAAGAACUGCUCUGCCACUACCAUGAAAUCAAGAAAGCUGGACUUCAACUAGCAGACCCUUCAGCCUUCCCUCCUAUUCUCAAAGCAUGUUCAAAUCUUCUCUCUCAUACCUAUGGAAAGUCAGUACAUGGAUGUUUGAUCAAGAAUGGAUUUGAAUUCUACACUUCCAUUGGUAAUUCCACCAUGGACUUUUACAUCAAAACAGGGGACCUAGAUUCUGCAUUGGGUGUUUUUAACUGUAUGAGGAGCAGAGAUGGAGUUUCUUGGAAUAUAUUGGCUUAUGGGUACCUUGAUGGGGGUGAUUUAGUACAAGGGUUGUGGUGGUUUAACAAGGCUAGGGUUUGUGCUGAUGGGUUUCAACCCAAUACUUCUACUUUGGUGCUUGUAAUUCAAGCUUGCCGUCGCCUUCGAGAUAAGUUUGAGGGUCUGAUAGUACAUGGUUACGUGAUUCGAGGGGGGUUUUGUUCUGUAUCUUCAGUUCAAAACUCUUUGUUGAGUCUGUAUGCAGAAGAAGCUGACAUGGACAGUGCGCAGAAAUUGUUUGAUGAAAUGCGUGACAAAGAUGUCAUCUCUUGGAGUGUGGUGAUUGGUGGUUUUGUGCAUUGUGAGGAAGCUCAGAUUGGGAUGCUGAUGUUCCAAAAGAUGGUAUAUGAGCGUGGUAUUGAGCCAGAUGGUUUAUGUAUGGUCAGUAUUCUUAAAGCAUGCACUCAUUUGAAGGACUUGACCAUGGGAACAUCGGUCCAUGGGUUGGUAAUCUAUAGAGGUUUAGAUUGUGAUAUGUUUGUUGGAAAUUCUUUAAUUGAUAUGUAUUCCAAGUGUCAGGAUGCAGAUUCUGCCUUUAAAGUUUUUGACGCGAUGCCACGAAGAAAUAGAGUCUCAUGGAAUUCCAUUUUGACGGGAUUUGUCUUUAAUGAGAGGCAUUCGGAUGCCCUAACACUGUUUUAUUCUAUGGGAAAGGAAGGAAUUGAGGCAGAUGAAGUGACACUUGUGAAUGUUCUUCAAACAUCCAAGCAUUUGUGCAUGUUUCAUUGCAAGUCCGUGCACUGUGUAACAAUCAGGCGGGGAUACGUAUCAAAUGAAUUACUCCUGAAUUCUCUCAUUGAUACUUAUGCAAAGUGCAAUGAUGUUGACCUUGCCUGGAAACUUUUUAAUGGGGUGAAGAAAAGAGAUGUGGUUUCAUGGAGCACCAUGAUUUCAGGGUUUGCCAGUUGUGGUAGACCUGAGGAAGCAAUUGCCGUCUUCCAUGAGAUGAUGCAGUUGCAGGCACAAGACCAGAAGCCCAAUGAGAUCACCAUUAUAAAUCUUUUCGAGGCUUGUUCAGCUUCAGCUGAAUUGAAGAGGUCAAAAUGGGCGCAUGGAAUUGCUAUUAGAACAGGUUUGUCAGCAGAAGUAGCCGUUGGCACUGCAAUUGUUGACAUGUACUCGAAAUGUGGGGCAAUAGAAGAAUCAAGAAAGGCCUUUGAACAAAUUCUUGAAAAAAACACCAUGUCAUGGAGUGCCAUGAUAGCGGCAUAUGGAAUGAACGGUCUUGGCCAUGAAGCCUUAGCUUUGCUUGCAGAAAUGAAGCUGUAUGGUUUGAAGCCCAAUGCAGUGACCAUUCUUUCUGUGCUAUCUGCCUGUAGCCAUGGAGGCUUGGUUGAAGAGGGUGUUUCCUUGUUCAACUCAAUGGCUCAGGAUCAUGGAGUUGAACCAAGAUUGGAACAUUACACUUGCGUAGUUGACAUGUUGGGUCGAGCGGGGAAGCUUGUAAUGGCAAUGGAGUUUAUCAAAAGAUUUCCGCAAGAUUUGAAGGUGGCUGCCCGGGCAAGCAAUGCUUGGGGUGCACUAUUGAGUGCUUGUAGAAGCUGUAGGAACAGCGAAGUUGGUCUAGAAGCUGCCUCUCAUGUCCUUGAGUUGGAGCCUGGAAACUCAGCUGGGUAUUUACUGGCAUCAAGUAUUUAUGCAGCAAGCGGGUUGUGGGUUGAUGCUGCUAGUAUGAGAAGCUUGUUGAAGGAAAGAGGGGUUAGGGUUGUGGCUGGCUACAGUUUAGUGCAUGUUGGUCACAAGGCAUAUAGAUUUGUUGCUGGAGAUCAUUCACCAGCUCAUGAUGGAAAUAUACACUCUAUGCUUCAAAUGUUGCAUGCUUGUAUGAAGGCUGAAAAGAGGAAUAUUUUUGAUGACUUGGAUUUAAUUGAAUAA